CGAUAUAUUGAUUUUUCUGCGAUAUAUUGACCCUGUGCUGAACUGGCCCCUCGCCGAGCAAGAAAAACCGAGGGAAAAUCAACAGAAAUCCAUGGGAGGAUCGCAUAAGAACACUCGGAAACGACCGGAAAACAUAUUCCGUUCAAGAACUGCGCCUAAAUUCCUACAUCCAACUUAGAUUUCGAUUCCCAGAAUCGAUUCGGCGGCGGAAAUUCCGACACCCAAAUUGUGAACGUUUGGGAUAAAUCGAUCGAGGCUGCAGGAUGUCAUCGGUGUUUCUGGGCUCUUGGGCAUUGGCUCCGGUCAAUCUGGGAGCAACGGCGGCAUCAGAAUCAGUCGCCGUGGAAGUUCACAGGGCCGGCCUUCAAGAGUUGUACCAAACUGCAAACACGACCAUUUGGACAGAAAGAAGAACAUGAACAGAGAAACUUAUAACAGAGUUGACCUGACAUUUUACAUCGUCUUCCGGCGAACUCAAAUGCAACAAGGGUCUAGGAAAACAGGGGAAAACAGAGUUCAUCAAGCACAGUUGUUUCCACGAUUCUAUUUGAGAAGAUAAUCGCGGUAAAGCAAUCAUGCAUCCAACUUGAUGUUCAGGCUAAUUCGUCCCAAGUCUAGAAGUAGGCUUUGGCUUCUAAGUUUAUGAUAAAUUGAGCAAGUCCAGAGACAUGUUUGAUUUUUGUGAAAAACAAGUUGCCAAAGCCACAUUUCAAAUAGUAAUGAACUAGGAUAAAAUUAUAUUUAUUUAAGAACAUUGGCGAUAAAUACCAAAAACAUUGACAACAAAGAACUUUUCAUUAUGUAUCUUCCUUAUAUAAAAAAAAUUUGUGUAGUUUUAACCAGUCAUCGACAGCAAACUGAAAGCUGGUUGUGGCCAAAAUGCAUACUAUGAAUGAGCGGCGGAUCCGUGACAGAUUAGAGCACUGGGCCGCAUUUAGAAAGUGGUGGAGAAGGUUGGGUCGUGACCCUAUAAACAUUAAAAUAUAUAUAUCGAAAAUCGAAAAUUUACAAGUACUAUAUGAGUUUUGGAUUCGGGGAGGGCUGGGUCGUGGCCUAGGGGCGGCUCCCUGGAUUCGCCGCGCUGCUAUGAAUAACUUGUCAGCCGCUAAAUGGGAAUCCUAAUUUUUUGUUUAACCACUUCUUUGUUUAACCAUAACCAGUUGGUAUCAAUAACUCGAGUUAUUGUGGAUCACAUAGUCAUUUAUUAAUACUUUCGGAUAGAUCCUCCAUUGCCGUAUUUUUAACGAGUAGCGGCCACGCGACAACCGAUGGAAAGCUGCUUCCUCCACAUACAUAGCUAUCUAAUUUUGGAUUUAUGGAUUCCGCCAUCCACAUUGUCAAAAUCUGUGUGUGUAUAUAUAUAUCUCUUCUCGAUUACUUGUAAUCGAUCAAAUCGAGUAAGAAAGAAUCAUAAUAUAAAAGAAGGGGAAAAGGGGGAAAAAAAAAACAUGAAUUCUACUGCUCUAAUGAAAGCUGCGGCGGCGGCGGCGAUAAUAGCGGCGGCGGCGCUUUUCGCGACCGUUUCCGGCCAACCACGUGGCAGUUCGUUCUGCAGUUGCGGCCGGGCAGGGGAUCAGCAGAACUUCCCUCUUCACGUGCGCGCCGUUCUCGACAUCGUGGCGAACCGCACUUCCAGUCAGGUAAAAAACCCGGACUCCGGCGACACCGUCUUCACGACGACGUCGAAUCCGGGGGCGAACCUCGACGCCGGCGCCGCCGUGGCGACGGGGACUUGUUUCAAGGGCGCGCCGACGGAGUGCUCGGCGUGUCUCCGGGAGCUUCGGGAGCUUUUGAAGCCCUGCGAGGAAUUUGGGUGUGGCGGAGUUGAGUUUACCGGCGAUUGCCACCUUCAGUUCGGUCAGAUCAAAUGAACCGUUGGUUGUUGCAGAGCUGCGGUUUGGUAUUGGCGGGAGAAUGUAACUGUCUCGUUCCGCAUUGCCAUGUGGGUUGGUUGCGGCGUCGUUUUAUUAAAGUUUCAAUUUUUUUAUUUUUGGGUGAUAAAAGUUUCUUUCUUUACUUAAAAAGCGUUAAUUAUGUCAAAAUUAUCAACCAGGUCGAAAUUUGUUCAAAUAAUUUUCAAAUUUCACUAUGAAAUGAAAGAUGUGGAAAGUGUUAUAUUUUCCAUCAUGAUAAAUUUGGGAACUCUUAUAGUAUCAUCUUGAAAUUUGCUAUUUUCCCAACAAAACAUUAGAGGUACUCCAACCGUACAAAUCGCGUGCGGGUGCCGUGAGGAAUGUUGAAAUUUCGAUAGUACUUUAGAGGCAAUGCAUUAAGAUAACAUUUAGUAUCCAUUCAGGUUGAUGUUUUUCUCCGUUUCACAAGUGGUGGUAUGUAAGCGGAGAUGAUAAUGUAGCUUUCACAUUGGUGGUUCGAGUCUUACCACCAAUGAGAAGGACACCAUAAAUAAAUCCGAAUAAACCAAAAAAAAAAUUACCUAACUACCCCAGCUUCAAACCAAACAAUUGUACCUUCGAUUUAAAUCCAACGACUCAUGCAUAUUAAAAAAAAAAACCCUAGCUAGCAAACUGAUAUUAAUGGGCUUUGUACGUGAUAGUACUAACUAGACAGUAACCAACCAACCAACCAACCCUUCUAGAUCGCAAAUACUUUAUGGUAAGGGUUAGAGAUAUAAAUAACUAAAUCACAAUAUAUCAAAAUGUUUAAUAAAAUUAAGGACAGCGUAAUUAAUGGGUUUCCAAAGUAGUUAUAUGUGCCAAUUCCAUUAAUUAAUAAUGAUUAGAGGGAGGGAGGAAUUGAGUAGUUCUCCUCCAACACCAUCAUCAUCUCCCAACUAUCACCUACCAAGUGUUCCCUUAAUUGAUUGCUUCUUUCAUUUAAUUAUUUAACUAACAAUUAAUAAAUAAAUAAAACCCUAUAGCUUUACCCAAUAGAAGUUCAGUUUCAACUCUCUAAACAUUCUUCUUUGUCUUGGACUUUUCUGUCCAACGAUUAAUUAAUCAAUUAAUCUUAAUAUAUUUUUGGGGACAGUUCUAACGUGCUAAUUUGUAACGUAUUUGUUGUUUUUUGUUGACUUAUAGUCACUCUUAGUUAUUAAUCAGAGGUGUGCUUAUAUCGUAAUGAAUUCGUGAACAUGGUGGGAAGUCAAUUUUAAUGGAAUAAUUUAGAUUAGAAAGGUUUAGUUAGUUAAGUCCAUCCACUUAGAAUUUAGUUCAAUUUCAUCAAUCCCCCAUUUGGUUUACUAAACCCAAACAUAACAACAUUGUCAAACUAUUUUUAAUCAUUAGAUCAAGCAGGUGGGUCAAGGUUCGGUCGGUCAAAUUGAAGCCACAACUUCAUUGACUCGAGAUAUUGUGUCGUAAAGCAAAGAGAGGAAGGGAAUCAGUUGACUUGAUCGCUCGAUCAAGCCAUUAAAAUCGAUGAGUACUAAGUUAACUCACUUCCAAACUAAUUCAGAUUGAUAGAACAAAGUAAAAUGACAAGUUUGGGUACAACAAGAUUCAACUAAAAAGUUCGAUCGCAAUAUAACGAUCAAUGACUAAACCUAAAAAGAUCGAUAAUCCACUACACGAAAAGAGCUUUCCUUCUAAAUCAUAUCAAGAUAAUUAUUCUUGAGCAUGUUAUAAGUCAUGAUUAACUUGAACCUAAUCAUUUAAGUCACUAACUAGCUACCAAUUUAUAAUUUACCACCCUCACCUAAGUAGGUAGCUAUAUUUGUGGUGAAAAUUACCUUAUUGCCAUCCCAACCACGGUCGUGGCAAUUAAGAGGAGUGGUCAAACUUGAAAUAGAAAAAAGGGGUAAAAAGGGGAAAGCAAGUGAAAGAAAAGGGAAAAUGAAGGAUAAAAGGCUGG